CAUGGAGGUCCAGCUGGGGGUUGGCCGCGUCUACCCGCGGGCAGGCGGCAGGACCUUCCGCGGGGCUUUCCAGAGCUUUUUCCAGAGCGUAUGCGAGGCUUUCCAGGCGCCGCGGGAGGAGCCCGGCUCCAGCCAGCAGCCGUGUCCGCCGAGCCCCCGGCCGCCUUGCUCGCCCUCCUGCUUGCCACCCCAGGAGCCCCGCGACGCCGGGAAAGCGCUGCCGGCUGGCGGCCCUGCCGUGGGCUCGCCUUUUCCCUGCUCCGGUGAGAUGAGGGAGCUGCUGGGCGAGACGGGCGCGAUGCCGCUGCUGCCGGCGUCCGAGGCCGAGCCGGCGCCCAAGGAGGACCCGUUGGGCGACAGCGCCAGGCAGCUCUGCAGAGCCGUGUCUGCCUCCAUGGGCCUGCCCCUGGAGGCGCCGACCGAGCCGCUGACCCGUGAGGACUGCAUGUUCGCGCUGCCCGCCGGACAGCCCCGUGCCCCUCGCCCGGCGAGCGGGGACCCUCCGCAGGUGCCGCCCGCUCCGGCCGCCUUCGCGGGCGCUGGGGCUGCCGUGGUCGUCGAUGGCCCCGCCGGGUCGGAGCUCUAUCACGGUUCUCCGGAGCCCGCAGCGCGGCCGUUCCCCGGCCUUCUCCUGCCGCCGCCCGCCCACUUCAAGCUGGAGACCCCGCCGGGGCCGGCGGCCGGCAGCAGCUGGGGCAACCUGUGCCGCUACGGCACCGAAAUAGCCCCUCCGGGCCCCGCGCCGCCCCGGCCCGCGUUCCUCACCGAGGAGGGGCCGCUGUACGGGCCCUGCGCCGAGCCGCCCGCCGGGCCCCUCGGUUGCGGCCGUGGUCUGCCCGCAGAGACUGCCGACUUCCCGGCCGACACGUGGUACCCGGCGGGUCGGGCGCACUUCGCCGUCCCGGCCGCCUGCAUCAAGAGCGAGCUGGAGCCCUGGACCGAGGGCUACGCCGGCGCCUACGGGGAUGUCCGGUUGGAGACUGGCCAUGAACAUGUCUUGCCCAUUGACUAUUACUUUCCACCUCAGAAGACUUGCCUGAUCUGUGGGGAUGAAGCAUCUGGGUGCCAUUAUGGAGCCCUCACUUGUGGUAGCUGCAAAGUCUUCUUCAAACGGGCGGCUGAAGGUAAACAGAAAUACCUUUGUGCCAGCCGGAAUGACUGCACCAUCGACAAGCUCAGGAGGAAAAACUGCCCAUCCUGCCGCCUGCGGAAGUGCUAUGAAGCUGGGAUGACUCUUGGAGCCCGCAAGCUGAAGAAGAUGGGCAACCUGAAGACGCAAGAUGAGGUGGAGGCCGCCAACUCAUCCAGCCCCACAGAAGAGCAAGCUCCCAAGAUGGUGAUGACGCACAUUGAUGGGUAUGAGUGCCAGCCCAUCUUCCUCAACGUCCUGGAGGCCAUUGAGCCUGGCGUGGUGUGUGCUGGCCAUGACAACAGCCAGCCGGACUCCUUUUCCAACUUGCUGACCAGCCUGAAUGAGCUUGGGGAGAGGCAGCUGAUCUAUGUGGUCAAAUGGGCAAAGGCUUUGCCGGGAUUUCGCAACCUGCAUGUGGAUGACCAGAUGUCAAUAAUCCAGUACUCUUGGAUGGGCCUUAUGGUGUUUGCUAUGGGUUGGAGAUCGUUCACCAAUGUCAAUUCCAGGAUGCUUUACUUUGCUCCAGAUUUGGUCUUCAAUGAGUACCGGAUGCACAAAUCCAGAAUGUACAGCCAAUGUGUCAGGAUGCGGCACCUCUCUCAGGAGUUUGGGUGGCUUCAGAUCACACUGCAGGAGUUCCUCUGCAUGAAGGCUCUACUAUUCUUCAGUAUUAUUCCAGUAGAUGGCCUGAAGAACCAGAAGCUCUUUGAUGAACUUCGAAUGAAUUACAUUAAGGAACUUGACCGCAUCAUCGCUUGCAAGAGGAAGAGCCCUACCUCCUGCUCUCGGCGAUUUUACCAGCUCACCAAGGUCCUGGACUCCGUGCAUCCUAUUGCCAAGGAUCUGCAUCAGUUUACAUUUGACCUUUUAAUUAAGGCACAUAUGGUGAGCGUGGACUACCCUGAAAUGAUGGCUGAGAUCAUCUCUGUGCAGGUUCCCAAGAUCCUCUCUGGAAAAGUCAAACCUAUCUACUUCCACGCACAGUGAUCUUCUGGAAGGACCUCCCAGGUCUGCCACCCCCAUUUCAGCAAUCUCCUGCCAAUGUUUUCUGCACUACCGCACUGCAGUGCCUUGGGGAAUCCCCUCUACAGAGGUGUGUGCCGGAGGAUGGACAGGGACAAACACUGCCUGCUGGGAUUCCCGGGAUCUGUUUUUCAUGAGGUACCUCUCGAACUGAGCUCCCUGCCUCAGCUUCUGCCUCGGUUCGGCUGCCUCGCUGUGCUGGGACACGGGACUGUGGUGUGGUGGCAGCAGCACCCUGCUUGUGCUCUCAUGUGUGUGUUUUCCACAGUGACUCAGUGAUCAGGACAAAUGGCAGCGGUUGUUGGGUUUGGUGUUUUUUAAAAGCAGAACCAGGACAAGACCAGAAGCAGGUUGAACCUGUAAGUGUGGCUGGGGGUUACUUCACUGGCCUUCUUCAGGACUUUUACAUUGCAUUCAUGGUGCUGGGAAGCAGAUGAGUUAAAAUACUGCAAUAGAGAAACAGAGAAGAGUUGGGGGAUGAGAUGAACUUGCAGCCUGAUGACUUGGCAGGGCCUGCUGCUGUCACAAAGCCACCGUG